CCCGCCCGCCUCGCCCAGUCCCUUGCAACCUGGCCCUGCCAUCCGGGCCACUGUCCCAGGUCCCGGCCCGGAGCCAUGGAGCGGCGCUGGCCCCUGGGGCUAGGGCUGGUGCUGCUGCUCUGCGCCCCGCUGCCCCCGGGGGCGCGCGCCAAGGAAGUUACUCUGAUGGACACAAGCAAGGCACAGGGAGAGCUGGGCUGGCUGCUGGAUCCCCCAAAAGAUGGGUGGAGUGAACAGCAACAGAUACUGAAUGGGACACCCCUGUACAUGUACCAGGACUGCCCAAUGCAAGGACGCAGAGACACUGACCACUGGCUUCGCUCCAAUUGGAUCUACCGCGGGGAGGAGGCUUCCCGUGUCCACGUGGAGCUGCAGUUCACCGUGCGGGACUGCAAGAGUUUCCCUGGAGGAGCCGGGCCUCUGGGUUGCAAGGAGACCUUCAACCUUCUGUACAUGGAGAGUGAUCAAGAUGUGGGCAUUCAGCUCCGACGGCCCUUGUUCCAGAAGGUAACCACGGUGGCUGCAGACCAGAGCUUCACCAUUCGAGACCUCGCAUCUGGCUCCAUGAAGCUGAAUGUGGAGCGCUGCUCUCUGGGCCGCCUGACCCGCCGUGGCCUCUACCUCGCUUUCCACAACCCGGGUGCCUGUGUGGCCCUGGUGUCUGUCCGGGUCUUCUACCAGCGCUGUCCUGAGACCCUGAAUGGCUUGGCCCAAUUCCCAGACACUCUGCCUGGCCCCGCUGGGUUGGUGGAAGUGGCAGGGACCUGCUUGCCCCACGCGCGGGCCAGCCCCAGGCCCUCAGGUGCACCCCGCAUGCACUGCAGCCCUGAUGGCGAGUGGCUGGUGCCUGUAGGACGGUGCCACUGUGAGCCUGGCUAUGAGGAAGGUGGCAGUGGCGAGGGAUGUGUUGCCUGCCCUAGCGGCUCCUACCGGAUGGACAUGGACACACCCCAUUGUCUCACAUGCCCCCAGCACAGCACUGCUGAGUCUGAGGGGGCCACCAUCUGUACCUGUGAGAGCGGCCAUUACAGAGCUCCCGGGGAGGGCCCCCAGGUGGCAUGCACAGGUCCCCCCUCGGCCCCCCGAAACCUGAGCUUCUCUGCCUCAGGGACUCAGCUCUCCCUGCAUUGGGAACCCCCAGCAGAUACGGGGGGACGCCAGGAUGUCAGAUACAGUGUGAGGUGUUCCCAGUGUCAGGGCACAGCACAGGACGGGGGGCCCUGCCAGCCCUGUGGGGUGGGCGUGCACUUCUUGCCGGGGGCCCAGGGGCUCACCACACCUGCAGUGCACGUCAAUGGCCUUGAACCUUACGCCAACUACACCUUUAACGUGGAAGCCCAAAAUGGAGUGUCAGGGCUGGGCAGCUCUGGCCAUGCCAGCACCUCGGUCAGCAUCAGCAUGGGGCAUGCAGAGUCACUGUCAGGCCUGUCUCUGAGACUGGUGAAGAAAGAACCGAGGCAACUAGAGCUGACCUGGGCGGGGUCCCGGCCCCGAAGCCCUGGGGCGAACCUGAGCUAUGAGCUGCAUGUGCUGAACCAGGAUGAAGAACGGUACCAGAUGGUUCUAGAACCCAGGGUCUUGCUGACAGAGCUGCAGCCUGACACCACAUACAUCGUUAGAGUCCGAAUGCUGACCCCACUGGGUCCUGGCCCUUUCUCCCCUGAUCAUGAGUUUCGGACCAGCCCACCAGUGUCCAGGGGCCUGACUGGAGGAGAGAUUGUGGCCGUCAUCUUUGGGCUGCUGCUUGGUGCAGCCUUGCUGCUUGGGAUUCUCGUUUUCCGGUCCAGGAGAACCCAGCGGCAGAAGCAGCAGAGGCAGUGUGACCACACCACCGAUGUGGAUCGGGAGGACAAGCUGUGGCUGAAGCCCUAUGUGGACCUCCAGGCAUACGAGGACCCUGCACAGGGAGCCUUGGACUUUACCCAGGAGCUCGAUCCAGCGUGGCUGAUGGUGGACACUGUCAUAGGAGAAGGAGAGUUUGGGGAAGUGUAUCGAGGGACCCUGAGGCUCCCCAGCCAGGACUGCACGACUGUGGCCAUUAAGACCUUAAAAGACACAUCCCCAGGUGGCCAGUGGUGGAACUUCCUUCGAGAGGCAACUAUCAUGGGCCAGUUUAGCCACCCGCAUAUUCUGCAUCUGGAAGGCGUUGUCACAAAGCGAAAGCCGAUCAUGAUCAUCACAGAAUUUAUGGAGAAUGGAGCCCUGGAUGCCUUCCUGAGGGAGCGGGAGGACCAGCUGGUCCCUGGGCAGUUAGUGGCCAUGCUGCAGGGCAUAGCAUCUGGCAUGAACUACCUCAGUAAUCACAAUUAUGUCCACCGGGACCUGGCUGCCAGAAACAUCUUGGUGAAUCAAAACCUGUGCUGCAAGGUGUCUGACUUUGGCCUGACUCGCCUCCUGGAUGACUUUGAUGGCACAUACGAAACCCAGGGAGGAAAGAUCCCUAUCCGUUGGACAGCCCCUGAAGCCAUUGCCCAUCGGAUCUUCACCACGGCCAGUGAUGUGUGGAGCUUUGGGAUUGUGAUGUGGGAGGUGCUGAGCUUUGGGGACAAGCCUUAUGGGGAGAUGAGCAAUCAGGAGGUGAGCCCAGAAUAUUCUUCCUCAUCUCAUCUUCAACUCACACCUCUUAUUCCCUCCCAAGGUCCUCCCGUGGCCUUUUCCUGCAGAUAUCUUCAUUUAUUCGUGACCCUCAGUUUUUCUGUACUCCUGGCUCCUCUGGUCCUUCACCUCAUGCCCUGCUCUCUUUACUCCUCCCACCUCCUCCCAUCCUGCCUAGGAUCUCCACUGCAAUUAUCUUGUAUGACCGUCGGUUUCUCAUGGGCCUCCAGGUUAGCUCGCUACUCUACAGCAUCCUCCUGUCCCACUGUGCAGGUUAUGAAGAGCAUUGAGGAUGGGUACCGGUUGCCCCCUCCUGUGGACUGCCCUGCCCCUCUGUAUGAGCUCAUGAAGAACUGCUGGGCAUAUGACCGUGCCCGCCGGCCACACUUCCAGAAGCUUCAGGCACAUCUGGAGCAACUGCUUGCCAACCCCCACUCCCUGCGGACCAUUGCCAACUUUGACCCCAGGCUGCCUCACCUAGGACACUCCUGGAGCCAUCGUUGCCAAUCCCACUGCGUUGUACUGUGGCCCAUUCUUGGGAUGCAUCCCCUUCCCCACAGAAAUAUUUCUGCAUAUGAAGGAAAGGGUCAUCCAUUCAUGAAGUUUUGGAGGACCUACUGGUGCAAGCUGUUUGCUGGACAUUGGAGAUACAGCUGCACUUAUUACCUGGUACCUGCUCCAGGGAGCCUGGGCAGCCAGGCUGGGGUGGGGCAGGCAGGAGCAGCCUUGCAGGGUUUGGGAAGGCUCCUGGAUCACAUGGCUAGUCUGAGGGGAGCGGAGGGCUUGUAGGUUGCAGAUAGUGCAGGAUGACUGCAGCAUCGUGUUUAGGAAUAGCAGCCAUGAGGCUGGAGAGACAACCAGUCAGCACAAAGAGGACCAGCCCUAUUGAGAAGUUUGGACUUUACCACGAGUGCAGAGUUGUUUUUUUUUCCACCCCGAGACGGAGUCUUCCUCUGUCGCCCAGGCUGGAGUAACUCGGCGCAAUCUCAGCUCACUGCAACCUCCACCUCCAGGGUUCAAGUGAUUCUCCUGUCUCGGCCUCCUGAGUAGCUGGGAUUACAGGCACAUACCACCAUGCCCAGCUAAUUUUUGUAUUUUUAGUAGAAACGGGGUUUCACUACGUUGGCCAGGCUGGUCUCGAACUCCUGACCUCAUGAUCCGCCCACCUAGGCCUCCCAAAGUGCUGGGAUUACAGGCGUGGGCCACCUCGCCUGGCCUGGAGAACCAAUUCUUAAAAACUGUCCACAGGACGGGGGGGA